AUGCAGCCCCCACGCCCCCAGCCCGAGGUGCAAUUAACUGCAGCUGGUCUUCCUCGAAAGAAGCCUGGCCGCAAGCCCGGCUCUGUUGUCAAGCCCAAGAUCGCAGCAGAUGGAAGCACCGAACCCAAGACGCGAAAGCCCCGCAAACCAAGGGAUCCAAACGCGCCGCCUAUUCAACGCAAGAGGAAGAACCCUCCUGCCACAGAUGCACCCGCAACAGAUGCACCCGCAACAGAUGCACCCGCAACAGAUGCACCCGCAGCAGAUGCGGAUCAAAGGUCCGCAUCCGGCAGUGCACCGGCCAGACAGCCCAAGAUCACAGAACUCGCAUCAAUGCGUAUGGACGUGGAUUCGCGAUCUCCUUCAGCUGCCACCCAGGAACCUCUCACGCAAAAGGUGGUGAAGCGGGAGGCUAUUCCCGAGUCCAUGAGGAGCUUGCUGAACCGAGACCCAUCACCACCCCCGCCCCCCGUUGCACCUGUCCGCCCCGGCGGCAUGGCUUUCGACCCCGUCAGAUCUUCCAGCUAUGAUCCGGUUAGAGAGACGAUGCUCACUCGAGAUCCAUAUGCUGCUCCCAGUGUGCCUUCUGUUGCAAAGAUUGCAGAGCCUCUGAAGCCUAGCAAUCCCACCCUCUCGGGCUUGGCCAACCCCCAAGUGGCCUCUUCUGCCCCAAGCAAGAAGGUCACAUCCAUGCAACAACAAGACCGAAAGGAGAAGAAGGCCAGCUCGGCAUCUUCUUCACCCAAGAUGAACGGCCUCAAGAGCGGCUUGUCAGACGUGCCUGACCUCGUGGCACCGGGGUCAGAGCGAUCCAUACUGGACUUCGGCAAAGUCAAACCGGGCGAUGAAUCAAGCACGCCUUCUAUUGUACUACACAUUCCUCUGAAUGGCGAAACUAAUAAGUACGUCAACUUCAUGCGACUGGCUGAAGAGCAGUAUGGCUGGGACGCACUGCACCCCCGAUUGGCUGCACACCGGGAGCGCAAGGCGCGAAUUGCCGCGGCUUCAGCGGCUCUUGAGAAGCAAGGCUCUGGUAGAGAGUCGGGCGACGAAAUGUCCGUGGAUCUCCAAUCAGACGGCGAAGGCAGCAACGUCGAGAUGGGCGGCAUGGGCAACGGCGGGACUAGUGGUCCGGACGGCGCCCCUGCUAAGCCUGCGCGUAAGAAGCGGAAUUUCAAGGAGGAUGAGUAUGACAAGGACGAUGACUUUGUUGACGACUCUGAGAUGCUCUGGGAGGAGCAGGCUGCAGCGAGUAGGGAUGGUUUCUUCGUGUACAGUGGCCCAUUGGUGCCUGAGGUGGAGAAACCGACCACUGGUCAUGAUGGCCCUCCUAAGCGUGGUCGUGGAGGCCGAGGACGUGGAAGCCGUGGAGGCAGAGGUGGACUGUCCCGCGAUGCAUCUGCUGCCGCUGCCACUGGCGAGGGAGGCGAACCAGUUGUCAAGCGUCGUGGAGGCGGACCGGGCUCGCGAGGAGGAUCCGUCGCCAGAAAGCCGCGCAUCACCAAGCUUGAGAAGGCGCAGAUGGCCAGCGAAAAGGCUGAGCGUGAGAAGCUCGCCUCAAUGUCCGGCAAAAACGGCAGCAGUUACAGUCUCCUCCAGGGUGGCUCGAGCCCAUCAUCAUUUGCUGCUGGGAUGGUUGUCGACCGAUAA